CGAUCCCAGGGCAAUCUCGCGUCUUCUUUCGCAUUCACAACCACCUCGGGUGCCCUUUCGGGAAGAGCUCUUUCCUCAAAGCAGCACCCAAGCCGACUCUGGCGCAAGACGGCGAGGCAUCCUGACCUGGGAGCGCAAGCCUCCCCACAAAAACCAUCGGGACUUGAGGUGGCGGUGGGUUGGGGGAGACGAAAUAGACGAGAAGAGAAUAAUAACGUGCAGAGAGGAACCAAGAAAACUUUCCACCCUGGAUUCACUACUUUUGAUCCAUGGACAGAGCCCAACUCAGCCAAGUUACGGACAGACUAUAAGCAGUCCUUGCUCAUUUUAUUGUGAUCUGCCUGUGGGAACAUUGUCUCCAACUCAAAGUAGUAUGGACCGGAGAAGUGAGAGUCCCUGUCUAAGGGAUAGCCCAGACAGAGGGAGCGGCAGCCCUGAUGUCAAAGGUCCUCCCCCUGUGAAGGUGGCCAGACUUGAACAGAAUGGCAGCCCUAUGGGAGCCCGAGGGAGGCCCAAUGGCUCUGUCACCAAAUCAGUGGGAGGUUUGAUGAUUCCUGUCUUUUGUGUGGUGGAGCAGCUGGACACUUCGCUCGAAUAUGAUAAUCGAGAAGAACAUGCAGAGUUUGUUCUGGUUCGCAAAGAUGUGCUUUUUAGUCAGCUGGUGGAGACAGCACUCCUGGCUCUUGGAUAUUCUCACAGCUCUGCUGCUCAGGCACAAGGUAUAAUCAAACUCGGGAAGUGGAAUCCUCUUCCGCUCAGUUAUGUAACAGAUACACCUGAUGCUACAGUUGCUGACAUGUUACAAGAUGUCUAUCAUGUUGUGACAUUGAAAAUUCAAUUACAAAGUUGUUCAAAGCUGGAAGACUUGCCAGCAGAGCAGUGGAACCAUGCCACAGUCCGCAAUGCCUUAAAGGAGUUGCUCAAAGAGAUGAAUCAGAGCACGUUAGCCAAAGAAUGCCCUCUCUCUCAGAGUAUGAUAUCAUCCAUUGUAAAUAGCACAUACUAUGCCAAUGUGUCAGCAACCAAGUGCCAGGAAUUUGGGAGAUGGUAUAAAAAGUACAAGAAGAUUAAAGUGGAACGAGUUGAAAGAGACAACCUCUCAGAAUAUUGUGUUCUUGGCCAGCGUCCCAUGCACUUACCAAAUAUCAACCAGCUGGCAACCUUGGGCAAAACAAAUGAACAGUCUCCUCACGGUCAAAUUCACCACAGUACUCCGAUCAGAAACCAAGUGCCAACUUUGCAGCCAAUCAUGAGCCCUGGUCUUCUUACACCUCAACUCAGUCCACAACUUGUCAGGCAACAGAUAGCAAUGGCCCACUUGAUAAACCAGCAGAUUGCAGUAAGCCGGCUAUUGGCUCAUCAACACCCGCAGGCUAUUAACCAACAGUUUCUAAACCAUCCGCCCAUCCCUAGAACAGUCAAACCAGAGCCAACAAAUUCAUCAGUGGAAGUCUCUCCAGAUAUCUACCAGCAAGUCAGGGAUGAGUUGAAGAGGGCCAGUGUAUCCCAAGCUGUCUUUGCAAGAGUGGCUUUCAAUCGCACCCAGGGAUUGCUAUCAGAGAUUCUGCGUAAAGAAGAAGACCCUAGAACAGCUUCCCAGUCCCUCCUGGUAAAUCUGAGGGCAAUGCAGAAUUUCCUCAACCUGCCUGAGACAGAACGAGAUCGUAUAUAUCAGGAUGAGAGAGAGAGGAGUAUGAACCCCAAUGUGAGCAUGGUGUCUUCAGCUGCCAGCAGUCCAAGUUCCUCCAGAACCCCCCAGGCCAAAACCUCGACACCAACAACAGACCUCCCCAUUAAGGUGGACGGAGCCAACAUCAACAUCACAGCUGCCAUUUAUGACGAGAUCCAACAGGAGAUGAAACGGGCCAAGGUGUCUCAGGCUCUGUUUGCCAAAGUGGCUGCCAAUAAAAGUCAGGGCUGGCUGUGUGAGCUGCUCCGUUGGAAGGAAAAUCCAAGUCCAGAGAACCGUACACUUUGGGAAAAUCUGUGCACCAUCCGGCGCUUCCUGAAUCUUCCGCAGCAUGAGAGGGAUGUGAUCUAUGAAGAGGAAUCCAGGCAUCAUCACAGUGAACGUAUGCAACAUGUAGUCCAACUUACCCCUGAGCCUGUGCAGGUGCUUCAUAGACAGCAGUCCCAACCAGCAAAGGAAAACUCACCUCCGAGAGAAGAGGCCCCACCUCCACCUACAGAGGACACAUGUACCAAAAAAACAAGAUCUCGUACUAAAAUUUCUUUAGAGGCUUUGGGCAUCCUUCAAAGUUUCAUCCAUGAUGUUGGCCUCUAUCCAGAUCAGGAGGCCAUCCACACUUUAUCUGCUCAGUUGGAUCUGCCUAAACACACCAUCAUCAAAUUCUUCCAGAACCAGCGUUACCAUGUAAAGCAUCAUGGGAAGCUAAAAGAGCACAUGGGCACCGUGGUAGAUGUGGCAGAAUACAAAGACGAGGAGCUACUGACUGAGUCAGAGGAAAAUGACAGUGAGGAGGGCUCUGAGGAAAUGUACAAAGUGGAAACUGAAGAAGAGAAUCCUGAAAAAAACAAGGCAACUACUUCAGAAACUGACCAGAGAUAAUGUGAAAACAUCACAGGAAAAGCAAUACAUUGAUCCAUUUUU